AUGAAGCAGUAUUACAUUCCUGAACACAUACAAGGAAUCAUCAAGGGGUACUUCAAUGGCAUACAGCUGCGCUUUGCAGUGGGCAACAGAAUGACAUCUUGGCAAAAGCUAGAGAAAGGCAUCGUCACAGGUUGUACCAUCUCCGUCGUUUUGUUUGUAAUGGGAAUGAACCUCAUCAUCAACGCAGCCAAGAGGGAAACCCGAGGUCCUAAAACUGCAUCUGGGGUGUACCUACCAGCAAACAGAGGUUUCAUGGACGACUUGACGGUGUCAACAAAGACUCAUAUACAGGCGAGAUGGGUACUGUCAGCACUGGAUGAGGCUGCCACAUGGGCAAGAAUGAAAUUCAAGGCAAAGAAAUCAAGAAGUCUGGUCAUUAGAAAGGGACAGACCACAAAGAAGUUCAACCUCCAGGUUCAAGGAGAGGACAUUCCAUUUAUUGUAGACAGUCCGAUCAAGUGCCUCGGAAAAUGGUAUGAUGCGAGCUUAAAGGAUGCCAACAACAUACAGCGCAUUAAAAACCAGUUACAGGAAGGGUUGAAACAGAUCGACCAGACUGGCCUGCCUGGGAAGUUUAAGGCAUGGCUUUUCCAACAUGGGCUCCUACCCAGAUUGAUGUGGCACUUAAUGCUUUACGAAAUAGCAACAUCAACAGUAGAAGGCUUGGAAAGAACGGUCAGCAGAUACUUAAGUCGAUGGUUUGGGGUCCCACCCAGCUUCAGCAACAUUGGUCUCUACAGCAGAACUAAUCAGCUUCAGCUCCCACUCUCAUCAUUGGUGGAGGAGUUCAAGGUUGCAAAGACAAGACUGGUGGUCACUCUUAAAGAGUCAAAGGAUGACUUAGUCCGAAAAGCUGGAAUUGAAACUCGGACUGGACGGAAAUGGUCUGCAAGCCAGGCAGUUAGCCAAGCCGAAAGUAGACUCCAGCACAAAGAUAUAGUUGGGACUACUGCUGUUGGUCGUCAAGGGCUCGGUAUCAUCAAAAGCCAGAGAUGGGUCUCAGCUGACAGUACCACAAAGAGGCAGAUGAUACAGAAUGAAGUACGCUUGGCAGAGGAGGAAGAAAGGAGGACAAGAGCAGUUUCAAUGGGUGCCCAAGGUGCUUGGACAAAGUGGUGUACCACAGAUAGAAAAUUGACAUGGGCAGAAAUCUGGCGCUACGAACCAGUCAGACUUAGCUUCUUGCUAAGAUCUGUUUAUGACCUGCUACCAUCACCUUCCAACUUACACCGAUGGGGACUACAAGACAACCCAAUUUGUCCAUUGUGCGACAAGGUAGGAACCAUGGAGCAUGUGCUUUCAGCCUGCUCCACAUCGUUAACCCAAGGCAGAUACAGGUGGAGACAUGACUGCGUACUUGGAGAACUCGCAGACACCUUGGAACGUGAGAGAACCAAGAAGAGGGAAAAGCAAAGCCCACAGAUAAUACAAUUUGUCAAGGAAGGCCAGACUGCACCAAAGAAGAAAGCAGCAAUAACAUCCCUCCUUGAUGAAUCAGACAAUUGA